GUUCAGAAACGGAGCGAGACUUGUUUGAAAUUGCACAUCCCCAGAGCGGUGGUGUACAUGCUGCUUUACUCGUAAGCUGUUAGAUCUCGACAGGGUGAAACUCUCCAACUAAUGCAGCGGCAGUGCAGUUAGCGGUCGAAGUGCCACGCCUUUUUGUGUCAUAUACUCGGGAUCGGAAAUUUUCGCUACGGUAUUUCUAAAAUACAGGGCAAGCAGGGCUAUGAGAAACUCUUUGUGGGACUGAAAAAUGUAACAAGAACCAGAUGUUAGGGAUGUCCAUCGGAAAACUCCUAGCCAAUCACGGCCCCGCAAAGUUCUUGGCGUCCCCGCCCACUUUGGCGAGAUACUUCUCAGCAGGUCAGGGUGCAAAUUGUUCUUGACUUGCGAUUUCAGCGCUUGACUCGCUGUGUAAAUGUAGGCAGUCCCUGACGACCCUCUUUUUCAGCUGUAGUCCCAACUCCGUUAUCUCCUCUUUUCCCAGCGUGUCUGUGGUGGUGCUGCUGCUGGUUACCGUAUUCCGUCGGAGACUGAGAGAUGUACCUCAAAGUGGGACUUUUUCAUUUCCAGCUCUUAUGCGCUGGCUUUUUAGUGACAGCGAUUCAAAGGGAAGAUCUUUUCCAAUAUGGACCGGGAAGUGGCGAUUCCGUUCUGCAGGAUGGAGACGACGAGACAUCUGAGGUGGUCAAGCUGGAAAGACGCUUGUACUUUUAUGAAGCAGAGUUUAGCGACCUCUAUGUUGGCACCAAUGGAAUCAUCUCAAUGCAGGAUUUUCCUCGGGAGACCCAAUAUGUGGAUGAUGGCUUCCCCACUGAAUUCCCUGUAAUUGCCCCUUUUCUAGCUGAUAUUGAUACAAGCAAAGGGAAAGGAAAAAUCUACUACCGUGUAGACAGUUCAGCAGAGGUGCUUGAGAGAGCUGCACUGGAGGUCAAGAGGGGCUUUCCAGAGACAACCUUCAAACCGAGCCAUGUAUUCAUUGUGACUUGGGACAGAGUGGGGCCCUAUGAGGAACCGACAAGGAAUUCUGGACCCUCCAACAGGGUGAACACUUUCCAGGCAGUGCUCCCAUACGAUGGCACAGAUACCUAUGCUCUGUUCCUUUAUCCAGACAAUGAGCUGCACUUUUUUGGAACCCGGCCCAAAGAGUCCUAUAAUGUGCAGCUGGAACUGCCAGCCCGUGUGGGCUUCAGUCGAGGAGAGUUGGUUAAUCUACGGCGAGAUGGGCCAUUCUACAGCCUGACCAGCAGCGAACAGACAGUCAAGAACCUCUACCAGGUGGGAAAUGCUGGGGUACCAGGGCUGUGGAUCUUCCACAUUGGAAGCAGCUUUCCUUUCGAUAAUGUGGUUCCUCCUGAAAUAGCUACGCAUACGUCAGGUGGACCAACUGUGGUGUCUCUGGACAGAGCUCUUAGUCACCCAGGACAAGACAGCCUGUUUGAUGGUAAUAUUGAUUCUGAGUCUGAAGAGUACAAUGUGGAUCCUAACUAUGAUGAUGAAGAAGAGGAGUUUCCUAGUCCAUCUCUGCCAGACCAGCCUACUGCAGAAGGGCAUGAGUUCCCAUAUGAGUCUUUACCAAAUCCUCUAACGACUGAGUCUCCUUUGCCAGUUCCUUACCCUCACUCAGAUUUUGGCAGUCUCCCAGAAGAUGAGACACCGAAACAUGAUUUAGCCUUAUCAACCACUGAAAAACAAGAAGAUGUCUUCCCUGAAGAGACAACACGGUCUCCCGCUGGUCACACCACCACCUAUCUGGCAUCUCCAGGCCCCGUGGUUGAGGUGCCACCUGAGUCAGAUGUACCUGCAAUAUACCCAGAAGAAGAAAUCAUAUCCCUAGUCAAUGCAAAACCACCAAGUGCAAAGAAUCGGCAUGUGGUCACUGUUGAUGAGGAAGUGAAUUUUGAUACUGGCGUAUUUGUGUAUACAACGGAGAACAAGGAGACAUGCGCUCAAUUUGAGCGUCAGUGUUCGCAGCAUGGAUAUUGCACAGACUACUCCUCAGGCUUCUGCUGUCACUGCACAUCGGGCUACUAUGGAAAUGGGAGACACUGUCUGCCGGAAGGUGUGCCACACCGCGUCAAUGGAAAAGUGAGUGGCCAAAUAUCGGUUGGUAUUGCUCAGGUGGACCUUUCCAACAUGGACCUCCAUGCCUAUGUUGUUGUGAGUGACGGCAGGGCCUACACCGCAAUCAGCGAUGUGCCUGAACCAGCCGGCUGGGCACUGAUGCCUGUGUCAACCAUUGGGGGAUUGUUUGGCUGGCUGUUUGCUCUGGAGUUGCCUAACCAUGAAAAUGGAUUCAGCAUUGCAGGUGCCAUCUUUACACGGUAUGCUGAGAUCACCUUCUAUCCAGGGAAUGAAAAGCUUCGAGUAACCCAGGAAGUGAAGGGACUAGAUGCUGAAAAUCACCUCACUGUCCACACCCAGAUUCAUGGACAUGUUCCUUUUGUACCUCCGGGUGCCACUGUGCAGAUUGAACCAUUCAAGGAAAUUUAUCACUACCAUCCAUCAGUGGUGACAUCGACAUCAACUCAAGAGUACAAAGUGAUAUCUGCAGGAGGCCACUCAGAGACCUUUUCAUACCGCAUCAGCCAGAAUAUUUCAUAUUAUGAGUGUCGUCAUGCACCAAAAACAGUUCCUAAUGCUCAACAGCUUCGUUUGGAGCGUGUCUUUGUUUUGUACAGUAAGGAUGAGCAAGUGCUGCGAUAUGCUAUCACCAACCAGAUUGGACCCGUUGGAGGAGAUCCCAAACCUGUUGUGGAGAAUCCCUGUUACAGUGGCACUCAUGAGUGUGACAUGACGGCCCAGUGCAUCCCAGGAGAUGGACUGCAGUACCAGUGUCAGUGUGCCACUGGGUAUAGGGGAGAUGGCACCAACUGCUUUGAUAUUGAUGAGUGUGCCGAGGGCCUAGUCAGCUGUGGAAGUCAAGCCUUGUGCAUCAACUUGCAGGGAACUCACCGAUGUGAGUGUCGGAGAGGUUAUGAAUUUGCUUCUGAUGGCAGGACUUGUGUUGAUGUGGACGAAUGCAAUCAUCACAACUGCCACCCCCAUGCCACGUGUCACAACACGCCUGGAUCUUACAACUGCCGGUGCCUUGGAGGGUAUGAUGGAGACGGAUUCCAGUGCACGCCACAUCCUGAGAUCACAUCCCGGCCCAAAACGACCUGUGAACAGCAUCGAGACAGCUUGCUGGUAGCCCGACCUGCUGUAGGAGCCUACAUUCCUCAAUGUGAUGAAGAAGGUCGUUAUCAACUACUGCAGUGCCAUGGCUCUACAGGCUACUGCUGGUGUGUGGACAGCUGGGGCCAGGAGCGCACAGGAACAAGAACAUCCCCUGGAAAGGCACCACCUCGCUGUGAGCUGCCAGAUGUUCCAUCUCGUCUAAAAACUGCCUGUGAACAGCAUAGAGACAAUCUACAGGCUGAGCUGAAUCAAAGAGGGUCGCAGCCCAAUGUGGGAGCCUACAUACCCCAGUGUGAUGAAGAGGGCAAUUACAGACCCCUCCAGUGUCACGGCUCUACAGGCUACUGUUGGUGUGUAGACAGCAGGGGUCAAGAACGUCCUGGGACAAGGACCCCCCCUGGCUCCACACUAUCAGUCUGUGUAGAGACUGCUACAUCCCGUCCUAAAACCGCCUGUGAGCGACACCGAGACACGUUACUGGCACAGCUUAGUGCACAGGGGAGGCUGGCCUUUUUGGGAGCUUAUAUCCCCCAGUGUGAAGAAGAUGGAAGUUUCCAGCCUCUGCAGUGUCAUGGCUCCACGGGUCACUGCUGGUGUGUGGACAGCACUGGAGUGGAACGCCCUGGGACUAGAACUGUUCCUGGAACUCCACCAUUAAACUGCAACCAGCCAGAACCAACUCCGCGAUCAGCAACAAUGUGUGAGCGCUGGAGGAGCAGUCUGCUGGAGCACUAUGGGGGUCAGCCUGCUCCUCACCAUUAUAUCCCACAGUGUGAUGACUUGGGAAACUUCAGCCCUCUGCAGUGCUAUGGGGACAAUAGUUAUUGCUGGUGUGUGGAUGCACAGGGCCGAGAAGUGUCUGGCACUCGCUCGCACAGUGGAAUCAUCCCAGCAUGUCUACCAACUGUACCUCCUCCCACCUUGCAGCCAACACCUCGCCCAGAUGUGACCCCACCUCCCUUGGGUACUGUCUUGCUUUAUGCACAAGGACAACAGAUUGGCUCUCUGCCACUCAAUGGCACCCGAAUCAAUAAGGAGAAGGCUGCUGUGGUCCUGGCACUUCAUGGUUCCAUUGUUGUGGGCAUUGACUAUGACUGCAGAGAGAGGAUGGUGUACUGGACAGACGUCGCUGGGAGAACAAUCAGCAAAGCCAGUCUGCAGGCUGGGUCAGAGCCGGAAAUCAUUAUCAACUCGGGACUCCUAAGUCCAGAAGGCCUUGCUGUGGACCACGUGCGACGAAAAAUGUUCUGGGUGGACAGCGGUAUGGAUAAGAUUGAAACUGCCAGACUGGAUGGCACCGAGAGACGUGUUCUGUUUGAUACUGACCUGGUCAACCCCAGGGCCAUUGUGGUGGACUCCCAUAGAGGGAACCUGUACUGGACGGACUGGAAUCGGGAAGCUCCAAAAAUUGAAACAUCCACUUUGGAUGGCGAGAACCGACGUGUACUGGUCAGCCGGGACAUUGGCCUACCCAACGCCUUAACCUUUGACUAUUUCCGAAAACAGAUUUGCUGGGCGGACGCAGGCACCAAGCGACUGGAAUGCAUUCUACCAGAUGGCUCAGGAAGACACGCGAUUCACAGCAACCUGAAUUACCCCUUCGGUAUGACCGUCCAUUCCAACCACUUCUAUUACACAGACUGGAGAAGAGAUGGUGUGAUAGCAGUCAGCAGAGAAGCCAGCCAGCUCACAGAUGAGUAUCUUCCUGAUCAAAGAUCUCACCUGUAUGGGAUCACAGUCGCCCUGCCACGCUGCUUUUACGGGAGAAAGUGAGGCAGACGCUGGAGGACAGAAGCAUGCACAGAGCUGAGUCUGCAGGAGCCAAGAAAGGGGGCCAGCGGACCGAAGAGGCCCCCACGGCAUAAGCAGCACUGCAGACAUCAGCAAAGACCAGCAGACCCAAGGGGGCGUCUAACGAGAUACCAAGACACAAACGAACUUUUCAAACAACUUUUUUGUAUUUUUUUUUUUAAUAUUUUGUAAAUUACUUUUUUAUACCUCAUUUUACUACUGUAUUUUUUUUUCCAAAAGACAAAAAGGCCCCCCCCCCCCCCCCCAUGUAAAAUACUGCGGGGCUGUGUCACCUGAAAACAGCAAGCAGAAUCCACUCGAGUCGCUUGCACUGGAGCACAGGGAGAACAUCGACACGAGCGGGCAGGGCAGACUGACAAACACCCUGUGGAUGAACCGGGUUUCCUCAAAAUUUCUUCCUGCUCUUUCCCAGUAUUUUGUGUCAGAAUAUAUUUAUAACAUUAAAGAUGCAGUUCAGGGCUUGGA